AUGUCAGAGACAAAAGCUAGUGCCUGGCCCAGACCCGAAUCCGUCAUGUGCGAGAAAGAGAUGAAGGCAGAGAUCCUGCUACAUGCUCGUGUUCUAUAUGCCGAGCGUUCUCGUUUUGGUUCACAUUUCGACAUCAUCCACAGCACGACCGACACCUCCAAAGAGCCUUAUUACGAAACGCACCUUAUCGUCAGUGUCCCAUCGGAUUAUUGUCGAGCAGGAGACUGGGAACUUCUCAUCUCGGUCGGCAAGAAUAAGACUUUCGCGGACGGAUUGGAUGCUCUCAUGAUAGAACUUACACAGCGGCUGGGUAAAAUCAUCGGUAAGCACGGUGGCCGAAGACGAAAAGCGCGAGAACUAACUGAGCGGUUCUAUUACAGAGCAGAAGAGAAAGGGCCGUGA